CGCCUGGUUUAACCAUGCAGUCUUUAACACCUUAUUUUGAAAAGCGGACAUGGUCACACGUGUAUCCCUCCGCUGCCUUUGCUAAGCCCGCCGCUAUCAGCUGAUCUGGGCUGUUAAAAUGCAUCUACGACGGCUUAUUUAAACAUCAUAACUAACAGGAGGAAACGUGUUUUUCUCGAUAUGGUGACAUCAUUUACUGGUGACAACGGUGGAAAUAAAGGGCCUGAAACAUGACAGCCAAGGUUUCACUACACGACAAGUGAAUGCAUCACAGACACUGGAAAGUUGUAAACAGUCUGUGGUGAUAGUUUGUGACAGCGGUCACCGAUGAACCGAUUCCUGGAAGCAGCAGGCGUGUUUCUGUGCAGGAAGAAGUUUGGUUUGGCGGACUUCCCCUCUUCUGGUUAGUGAACGACACCAGGAAACAGAGUUACAGAAACAGACUCACACAGUGCUCAGCGGGACUGAUUAUAACUGACAGAAGAGCCUCCAGGUGAACAUGCUCACCUUUAUCCUCAUGUUUUCAACACUAUGCGGGUCCAGAGUGGUAUCAGGAAUCCUUCACACACCCACAAAUGUCCGCUUGACGUCCCAUAACAUGAAUCUGGUGCUGAGGUGGGAUCCACCUGAGCAGCCAGCAAGCGGCCUGCUCUACACAACAGAGUACAGUGACCGUCUUUCAAAGUCCAAAGUGGGAUGUGUGAACAUAUCCACCCUUGGAUGUGAUCUGACCCGCCUCAACACCUCCAUAUUUGAGUUUGGAAAGUAUAAAGGCAAAGUGCGGGCGCAGCUGGGCACAGAGAGCUCCCCCUGGAUGGAAAGUAACGAAGUUACUUUGGACAAAGAUACCGUCAUCGGUUCACCCAAUGUAUCGCUCUCCUCCAGUGGAGCUACUAUUGAAGUCAGCAUCAAAGAUCCAGUGUUUGCAGUUUCUGCUCUCAGAAAUGUUUACAGCUUGGCCACCUACAACAUCACUUACUGGAAGGAUGGCCAAAAGGAAAAGGCCAGAAGCAUCAGCGGAUUACAGCAAAACCGAGUGGUUCUUGAGCUGGACCCCUGGACCAAGUACUGCACCCAAGUCCAAAUCAACACGAAGAGCCCUAAUCCCAACCCCAGUGAGCCCAGUGAAGCUGUUUGUGAGAGCACCACCAUUGAUGAAGAAGCUCCAUGGGUGGCAGCUGUGGUGACGUUUGUUGUCAUGGCAAUUGCAGUGGCUCUGGUAGCGGUAACAGUGGUGUAUCGAAAACGUAUAUCCCACUUUCUCUGUCCAAAGGAUGCACUGCCUCAGCCUUUUACAGAGCAUCCCAACUCAUCCAUGUACCUAGCCAUGCGUAACUCCCAUCCACCUGAGGAGAUCUAUGACCCGGUCAGCGUCAUCACAGACAGUAGGACUCUGGAGGAAGAGUGCCCUCUGGAGACAGCAAACAGUCUGAGCCCACAUCGAGGUUGAAAGUAGAGAAGUACUGAAGAAGGGCCAGUCUGCAGGCUGCUGUCGGUUGGGACUGGUCGAGAUUAUCAGCAGGGACAAUUUGAAAGACACUGAGAAGCAAGGAAAUACUUGAUUCUUGCUUGACUUCAGAGUUAAUGCAACAAACCCUGCAUCAGUCCCAUGUCUUUCCUUUGGAGGAGGCAUUGCUAUGAAGUCAUUAGACAGUAAAGCCAAACAAAUGUGUAGGACAAGAUUAAUACCUCAUCCAAGUUACGUGCUGUACACUUGUAAUGUUGCUUACAGCAGGGCUGGACUGGGACAAAAAACAGCCCUGGCAUUUUUACCCUACCAGGCCCACUACAACUGAUUACACAACAACUAUGGUAGUGAUCCUCUGAAUCAGGGCUUUACUGUCAGACAUGGAGCAGCCAGCCAGUGGGGAAAAGCAGCGAAGUAUGGGGGGGUCCAGGGGCAUGCAAAGAAAUGUUGUGGUCUCUUGCACAUUCUAAUGCCACUAUUCUAUCAUAAACACUGAUCUUAAUCACUGAUCUUAUUAUAAUGAGUUUGCCUACCUGAUUGUAAAGUAUGGAAUUGUUCUUGUAUGUUUAUUUAAGGCAUUAUAUUUUGAAAGUCUUCUUGUAAAUUCUGUGGCAGAUUCUCUUCUGUACACUUCAAUGUGCUCUUAUUUGGAAAGCUACAUGUGUUUAGCGUCAGGAAGUAAUUGGAUGUAUGGAUAUGCUACACAACAGCCGGCGCCGCUGUAGCCAGCGCUGCUACAGGUGCAGAGAAAGGUCUAACUGCUGCUGAACAUGUCAGUUGGUGUAACACAUUUGGCAGCACCUGCCUGAAGGACUUGUUGUUUUUCUCAUAAUUUCUCUGUGACUCCUGACAGCAGAGGGGGCCAUUGGGCAGUCAACCAAAAUAAAAAAUAAUAAUAAUUUAAAAAAGUAAUUUAAUGAAGGUUGUUCAGUCCAAAAAACCUGCUGCCCCACCGGGCAUUGGCCCAGUAUGCCAGAGCCCGGGCUCACAGUAAAUAAUAAUUUGAGCCAGUAUACUUUCCAUUCGGCCCAUUCAAAUGUCAAGAAUCUAUGUGUGUUUCAUUUCAAAACAUGAACUGCUGGGCACAACAUAUCUUUUACUUCACGUUACUUACUUCAAGUCCACUCUCAGUGUUCGUGCACUUCCUCAUCACCCAUGUGUACAACCUUGAUUCCCAAACAGUGUGAUCAUCUGCUAAAUCCUUUUUACACCACUAUCAAUAAAAUCUGAGAAUUAAGAAUUGAAUUGAGAGAAUUGCAUUGAUAUACCCUAAAGAAGAAGAGCAUUUUUUAAAAUUAGGUGACCAUGACUUAACCGAGGUAUUGUUGAAGAGGUAGGUCUUCAGCCUGUGGUGGAAGAUGUCUAGGUUGUCUGAGGUCCUGAUGUCAGUGGGGAGCUCGUUCCACCAUUUGGGAGCCAAGACAGAGAAAAGUCUGGAAGUGGUUUUGAGGCGAGUUGACCCACGCAGGGUGGGAGUCUCCAGCUGUUUGGCUGAUGCAGAGCGGAGAGGACGGGCAGGGGUGUAGGGUUUGACAAGGUCCUGGAUGUAAGCAGGACCUGAACCAUUAGCAGCAGAGUACGCCAG